UGCCGUCAAGCGCGGCGGUGUCGCGCCCGCGCGGGCUUUUCGCCGCGGCGAUGGCGGAGCCGGUGGCGGAGCCGACGUUGGCCGAGGCGGUUCUGCGGGAGUUGGGGCUCUUCGAGCUGCGCUGCCAGGGCGAGGACGUGUCCGCCAGGCUGGUGGAGCUGUGUCUGACCCACAGGCUGGACCCGGUGACGUUGGCUAACGAGCUGUUGGCCUUCGUCACCAGCAAAGACUUCGACACCCAACUCUCCGCCGACCGCCUCGACGCCUUUGAACACGAGGUCCUUGUCAAACGGAGCAGCAGGGUCCCCCGGAAGAGGGACAACCGCUAUGGUGGUCUCCACGACAUCCGUUCCCUCCAGGAGCUCCUUGACGAGGAAGAGGAGGAUGAGCUGCUGGAUGCUUACACCACUCCAUCCAAGGGUUCCCAAAAACGGAGCAAUUCCACCCCGGAAAACCCCCGGCCCAAGCGGACCCUCUCCUCCCGCAGCCCCUACACGCUUUUUUCUCCCAACAGCUUCUCCCCAGGCGUCACCCCCUCCCAAAAAUAUACCUCGCGGAGCAGCCGGGGUGAAGUUGUGGCCUCGUUCGGCUCCGUCCACGGUCCCUCCUGGAACGGUGGCGGCGGUCGCGGUUGUACCCUGAAACUUUUUGGUUCCCCGGAAGAAAAUUUAACGAAAAACUACAAAUUUAUGUUCCAAAAAGCAUUUGAUAUUCGGGAAGCGCUGUCUUGGAGGAUCGAGGAGCUCGGUGACGUGCUGAAGAGUCACCAUCACCUGGGCGACUUUGCCUCGGUGUUACUCCCGGCGCAGGAACCGGUGACGGUGCUGGGUCAGAUCGGCUGCGACAGCAACGGGAAGCUCAACGCCCAGUCGGUGGUGCUGGAGGGUGACCGAGAACACUCCUCCGGCGGACAAAUCCCCCUCGACCUCUCGGAGCUGAAGGAAUAUUCCCUCUUUCCCGGCCAGAUCGUGGCGCUGGAGGGGACCAACACCACCGGGAGGAGGAUGGUAGUCUCGAAAGUCUACGAGGGGGUACCACUUCCCUUCCAUGCGCCGCUGGAGCCGGCUCCAGAGCAGCGGAUGGUGCUGGUGGCCUGCGGGCCCUACACCACCUCCGACAGCAUCGCCUACGACCCGCUCGCUGACCUCAUCGACGUGAUCGGCCGUGACCGCCCCGAUGUCUGCAUCCUGUUUGGGCCGUUCGUGGAUGCCAAGCACGAACAAGUGGAGAAUUGUCAGCUCCUGGGGUCCUUCGCCGAGGUCUUCAAGCUCUGCCUGAAGACAAUAAUCGAAGGGACGAGAAGCGCCAGCUCGCAGCUCGUCUUCGUCCCCUCGUCGCGGGACGUGCACCACGACUACGUCUACCCCCAGCCGCCCUUCUCGUACCCUGAGCUGCCAAGGGACGACAAACCGCGCGUGCGCUUCGUCUCGGACCCCUGCACCCUCGACAUCGACGGCGUCGUUUUCGGCCUGACCUCCACCGACCUCCUCUUCCACAUGGGUGCCGAGGAGAUCAGCAGCUUAUCCGGGAUCUCGGACAGGUUCACGCGAAUCCUCAAGCACAUCCUGAUGCAGAGGAGUUACUACCCGCUGUACCCCCCCUCAGAGGAGCUGAAUGUCGACUACGAGAGCUUCUACACCUACGGCUCGUUACCUGUCACACCGGACAUCCUCGUAACCCCCUCAGAGCUGCGGUACUUCGUUAAGGAUGUGCUGGGCUGCGUUUGUAUCAAUCCUGGCCGGCUGACGAAGGGCCAGGUCGGGGGUACCUAUGGCCGCCUGUACAUACAGCGGGAAGACACCGAGGGCGAGCGGAAGAGUCCGUGUGUAGCCGCUCAAGUCGUUAAAAUCUAAAUCAUCAGGACAGAGAUUUAUUUCUUCGACUUUUCUUCCACCUGCAACUUAAUUUCUUCACAGAAACAAAUCGGUGUUAAAAUACACUUUGAAUUUUGGUCAAAACCCACCCAAAACGCUUGUCCCUGCGCCUGAAAAGCCACCUGACCCCAUUUCACAGCGUGUCAACCCUGUGCCGCACCCCGGCUCGUCCUGGAGCACCCCGAUGUGGUGGGACUCCAUAAAGCUCACUAAUUAAUUGCUAAUUAAUUGAUUAACAAUAAGCCAGAGGCAGCAGGAAGCUGUAGCAAUUUUUUACAGGUGUACUUUCACACCUGGAUUAGCAGCGAUGCGCGCGCAGGGUGGAUUUUGGGUUGCAAAUGGGUGAUGUGGCGUCGCUCGUUAGCUGGUGGGGGGGGACACGGGCUCCCUGUCUCUUCCUGCUCAUUAGGUAAACGAAGAUGAUUAAUCCAUCUGGAUUUACCCAUGGAAAAGGGGAAUCUCGGUGUGCGGCGAGACCCAACUCUUCCUCUGCCAGCGUACUGGCGUCCCAGAUUCACCUCCUGGGUGACAUCACUUGGGUUGAGCUUCCUCAUUAUGGGACUCUGAGUUUAAUUAGUCCAAAAUCAAUUAAUUUACAAGCACCUGAGGGGCUGUCCCACUGUUUCACCGGCUUCGGUGAAGAAUGCUGCUGCUCCUGGCUUGGCUGCGGGCAAAAACGCAGCGUUGGGUUUGGGUUUGAAACAUUUUCCCCCACUUUUUACCUCAAAUUUUUGGUGAGAAAGCGGAAAAUUAAUUGAAAUUCUACCUUUCCGCUCAGUUCCGGUUCUCCCAGGGAUCAUUCUGUUCCGAUGCUGGGGAUGAAAAAGGGGGAAAAAAGGCUUUUUUUGCUGGAAAAAAUGAGUUUUGUAACUCCGCGCCGCGGGGUAGUUACAGGCGGUGGGAGGCUGGAAAACAACGUUGUCGGUGCUGAGCCAGCGCGCGUCUCCCUUCGUUAAUUUUCCGCUUAAUUACCUGGCUGGCCUUAUUACAGACUCCCUCUAGAAGAGGCGUGUUUAUCUUCUCUCGCCCUUUAAAUCCUGCGUGGGUGUUAGGGCAUAUUUAGGGGAAAAACAAGGGAAAACGGGGUCCGGGGAGCGAGAUUUGCCUGUGAUUUUUUUUUUUUGUGUGUGUAUAACUCCGGCUGGCCAGGGUUUGCCAGAAAAUCUGUUUUCUCCCCAAAUAUCUGCACGAAGCGGCUGGGCGGCGUUGUGGUCUUCACCCGUCGCAUCUCAGCCUUGUUUCCUCUGAUCUUUUGCUGAUUUAUCACUUCUCACCCCAAAUAAAAUGUUUUUUCUCA